AUGAGCGACAGGGCACAAACACGACCCCGGCCCUCGUGGUCUUCUUCGGAGGGCGCCAUCCAAGAAGCAGUAUCCCAGCAAUCGAAGGUUGAAGACUAUGAAGAAACAAACAGUCAAUCGCCCAGUGAGGGUGCUACUCACUAUCCAACACCGCCUAGUUCGUCAUCCAAAAUGGAGCACACCCGUUCAAACGUUCAACGAACUGUCAACGGGUCCGCCGUUACGCAGCUUACAUCCACCGAUGAUACCCCCGUAACUAAGCCCACUAGCAGCAAGAGAAAGAUGCUAAGGGAAGCUAGGAACAUGAAGAACAAGGGAGCACAUCGACCUGCCAGUAUAUCAUCAUCCGGGCCUGAUCCGCACUUUGUCCCCCAUGAGGCAUUCGCAUCGUCCCCGGAAUCGAGCUAUUUUAAGAAUACUCCCAGCGGACGUCAAGCAGCGCCUUCGGCAUAUGCUCCAACAACUGUUGCCGUUGCCAACUAUCCUCAAUCUCCUGUUAGUCCUAUGUCAUACGCUGGUUGGGGACCAAACCAUACUCCUGCUGGCUAUCCGCCAUCACAAGACCCCUUUUCACCUCAGCAAUCGGGUUUUCCGCUAAUCGAGCAACCUUAUCAUCCUGGAUUUACAUACGUGAACCAAAAGGCCAGCACAUUGGAGCCUGCUUUUGUCGAUCAAAAUCCUUCAUACGAUACUUCUUACCCAGAAACCCAGGACGAAAUGGCUGCGCCUAAUGGCGAGCUUCCCAUCGAAGCUCUGCACGGAUACGCGUCUAUUGCAGCCAGGAUCUCCGGCCGAGCCGAACCACAACUGAUACCCAUAUAUCGAAGAUUCGACUGGCUACUUCACCGCAACCUCUUGCGUUAUCAAGACCAACUUGGGAUGCUGGAGGAAGAACUACUACGCAUGGAUUCCAUCACUACACGACUUGGGGGGCAUAUGCCUGUAUCUGCUCGGGAAGAACGGAGGUUUGGCCGCCAGAUCCAUAAAGAUAGGGUUGAUCUUAUGGAAAGAGUAGAUAUUAUUCUUUCCAAGUACAGUAAGUGCAUCAAAGACUCGGGCACGACUUCAUCUAACUGGGUCAGAAACGGCGAUGUCGACACUGGAAGACAUGCAAAAACGACCGUCGCCAACGAACGACGAAAUACAGGCUUACAGAACUUAUCUGAACCAUAG